AACAAAAUGAAGUGUCUUUUAUUUUUGGCUUCUGUAGCCCUCGUUCGCGGUUAUACCCUUAAAGACAAUGAAAUUCAAACAGCUCGUUUGAGUACAAGUGUCGAUCUCUUGGACAGUGUUAUGAGUGAUUGUUUUGAUACUGAAUCGCCCGUGUCAUGUCUCAAAGUGAAAGUUCUCUCCUUCCUGGAUACUAAGCUCGGUGUGACAUCGGAGUCUGCUAGAGCUUUCGAGGAGAAAAACAUUGACAAAGUUAUCUUCGAUCGUGUCGGCAGGGUACUAAACACUAACGAAUUGAGGUUCCAGUUACCUGAAUUUCUGUUUCAAGGAGCUGAAGUGUCAUACAGAGCUGAUAGGGGUCUCGAUGUGGACUUCCCUGAAGCCGAGAAUGAAAAUGGCGAAGCUCGUGGCAUCUUGAAGAAGAAGCUGCUGCUGCCAGUUCUACUUCUACUGAAGUUGAAGCUGAAGGCUUUGACGCCAAUACUACUCGCAAUCGUUGGUAUUAAGGCCAUAAAAGCACUUAUACUGAGCAAGCUCGCAAUCACUCUGGUCAUUGGAUUCCUUGUCUAUAAUCUGAUCGCGAAGAAAGGAGCUAUGCCGAUGGUACCUCCGACUGAAGCCCCUGCCCCACCUGCACCGCAAUACGGUCUGCCAUCAUCACAAUAUGGACCUGCAGCGUCCACGCCGGCUGCACCCCAAGACUCAUACAGUCCACAGUGGGAGCCUUCCGCUUCUGGCCCGUAUUCCAGAGUAUGGGAUCCUUCACAACUGGCCUACAGCUCAUACUACUCUGGUGAUUCAGGCUCGUCAGCGGCUUCCAACCAGUCACCGAGCUACUCCAGCGUAGCGUCUAUAUCAUCAUCAGCCCCAUCAUCGUCAUCAUCGCCCACCCAUUAACAAAAGUCCGACUUACCUCAUGUAAAUUACACGAAAGCACUCGAAUGGUCUUGUACAUAAACGAAAGCACGGAAUGGAGAAGCUAGAGUUUAGAGCUAGUUUAUUUAU